GUAUCAGAAUCAUGACCCCCAGAGAUAUUACCCUCAUCUGUCUUGUGCUCUGCCUAGGCAUGAAAAUUCAGGCACAAGAAGAGGAUUCUCCCAUUCCUAUCAUAUCUGCUGUACCCAGUUCUGUGAUUCCCUUGAAUGAGUCUGUGAAGAUCCUGUGCCAGGGAACUCCUCAGUCUUUCCUGUACCAACUGGAGAUCCUGGGAAACUCCACAAACAAGAUGGUGGAGGAAAAAUAUGGAUUUCAGAAGGAGGCUGAAUUCAUCAUUAACCACAUGGAUACAAAGACUGCAGGGCGCUAUCAGUGCCGAUACAGGAAAGCAUACAGAUGGUCAAAGUAUAGUGAAGCCCUGCAGCUGGUGGUGACAGGCUUGUACGACAAACCCUUCCUCUCUACUGACCAGGACUCUAAAGUGAUUCCAGGAGAGAAUAUUUCCCUCCAGUGUGGUUCACCACACACCCCAUUUGAUAGAUUUUCACUGACCACGGAGGGAGGAGCCACCUUGCCACAACACCAAGAUGAGGGACACCAAGGAAACUUCACUCUGGGUCCUGUGACCCCUGGCUUCUCAGGGAACUACAGGUGCUAUGGUUGGUAUAGUGACAACCCUUACGUGUGGUCAGCCCCCAGUGACACCCUGAAGCUUGUGGUCAAAGAUACCAUGAACCAAGACUACAAGUUGGAGAAUUUGAUCCGAGUGGGUGUGGCAGGGCUGGUCCUUGUGGCUCUCUUGGCCAUACUGGCUGAAAAUUGGCACAGCUAUAAGCUUCCUCACAAGGAAGACAGGCAAGACUUGCCUGAAUGGAGCUAUGAUAAACAGAAAAUGUAAGACAGACCCUCUGGACCAACCAAAAACAGCCUCUGCACCAACCCCCAACAGCCAGCAGGUAGACACCUGGUGCUAAAGGCAGAUGAGUAGGAUUUUGUGGUGUCUGGAAAAGCUACUUGGAGAACAGAAGGAAGAAAGUGGCACUAACAAGCUUGGAUCCAUUCUCAAGCCAAUCAAAUAGCAUUUUCUUAUAGGGAUCUGGGAUAUUUGCACCCCACCUUCCUGGACACUGAUAAUAAAAUUCUCACUAUUAUCUUGGA